CCUCACAUAUUUUAUGUUUUGGUAAUGACGAAAUAAGAGAAAAAACAUAAAAUCAGAAAGUAAUCAAAUUUUAAAUUGUUUCCCAUCUACUACAAAAUAUGGCAAAUCUCACUUGUAAACUAGGCGUUUUGAGUAGGCCCGAUGGUUCAGCAAUGUUAUGUGAAGAUGAAACUACAGUCCUUGUGGGAAUAUAUGGUCCAGUAGAAGUCAAAAUGCAAAAAAUACAAAUCGACAAAGCUUCUGUUGAAUGCCAUUAUCGACCCAAGAGUGGAGCACCAGCUGUUGGUGACAGAUUGUUUGAAUCACUCAUAAGGAAUAUAUGUGAGGCAUCUCUGGUAGCAUCUCUCUAUCCCCGUUCUGCAGUUCUGGUAACAAUUCAAGAAAUGCACAACAGUGGAUCUUUAGUAUCCUGUGCAGUGAAUGCAGCCUGCAUGGCAUGCCUAAAUUCAGGGAUUGAUAUGAAAUGUAUGUUUGCUGCAGUUACCUGUUUCCUUACCAAAGCAGAAGAACUCACUCUAACACCCCCCAGAAAUGAAAAAGAUAUCAAGGCACUGUUUGUAUUUGUUUUUGACAACAACAAAGGAAGAAUUAUAGCCUCUCACACAGAAGGAUGCUUCUCACAGGAACAAUUUGAAGAAGCAAUAAGUUUGAGCAAGGAAGAAAGCAAUAAUGUGUUUAUAUUUUAUAAAAAGACAUUGUUGGAUGAGAAGUAGUAAAAAUAUUGUUGG